AUGGCAGCUAAAGCCGAUCCUACAAAGCAAGGAUGGGAGGAAUCGGAGUUUCCGAUCUUAUGCGAAACUUGUCUGGGUAACAACCCUUACGUGAGAAUGACGAAACAAGUGUAUGGCAAGGAAUGUAAAUCUUCCGCUGGAUGCCCGGCAGUGGAAUGCGUACAAGUUCGAGAUACAGCACUUGGCAUUACCAAUGAUGCACCUAGGUCAGAAAUUAAUCGGGAGUAUUUUGCACAGAACGUCGAAGGAAGGAUAACAAACGGUGACAGCCUAAUAUCUUAUCAUAAAGCCGAUUCGGCCGGGAAGGAGCUAUUAAAAAGAUUGGCGAGAACAGAGCCAUAUUAUAAAAGAAAUCGGCCACACAUAUGUUCAUUUUUCGUCAAAGGUACAUGUAAGCGUGGAGAUGAAUGUCCGUACAGACAUGAAGCGCCAGAAGAAAAUGAGCUUUCACAUCAAAAUAUCAAAGAUCGAUAUUAUGGAACUAAUGACCCCGUUGCAAAGAAGAUAUUGAAUAGGUUCAAAGGCGGCUCAUCGAACAAUAGUAUUGAACCUCCCGAGGACAAAACUAUUACAUCGUUAUUUAUAACGGGCGUUGAAGAGGACAUUACAGAAGCAGAUCUCAGAGGUCACUUUUAUGCAUUUGGAGAGAUAAAGUCCGUAGUGGUGGUUCACAGGUCCCAUUGUGCAUUUAUAAAUUAUGCGACGAGAGCAGCAGCAGAAUUAGCUAUUGAUCGAUCGGUGAACAACCUCAUUCUCAAAGGCCAUCCUCUGCGAAUUGCUUGGGGCCGUCCGCGCCCCACUGGACCAAGGGCGGAAAUACAAGCAGUAAUGCAGACAACAGAGCCGUUAGUGUUGCCACCACUGGAGAGCUUGGAAAUACCUGCCCCACCUGGUGCUGAGAGCGGUACUGACAAUAACAUUGUGUAUCCAAGUCAAGACCCUACAUAUCAAGGCUCUGUAAGCAAGGGUUAA